CUGACUUGAACACUGCAACACCACACACGCGACCUCCGCCAUGAACUGUCAAAAGACAUUAUUCCGAGCCCUGAGGGCCGUCCCGCGGCGGCAGCACGUCAGGGCCUUUUCAAACUUCCCAUUGUCGGGCUUCCCUCCCGUCGCAGGAGCCGGUAGCAGUAGCCCACCUGUUGGGAACAUCCCUCUGCCGUACAUCACCGAGGUUUCGUCGAAUGGUUGGAGGACAUACGACAUCUUCUCCAAGCUGCUUCAGGAACGAAUUGUCUGCCUCAAUGGCGCGAUCGACGAUACCGUCUCCGCAUCGAUAGUAGCACAGCUCCUGUGGCUCGAGUCCGAUAGCCCCGACAAGGCGAUUACAAUGUACAUCAACUCCCCAGGAGGCUCAGUAUCAUCAGGUCUGGCCAUCUACGACACAAUGACAUACAUCAAAUCACCAGUAUCAACAGUCUGCCUCGGCGCGGCCUCCUCCAUGGCAGCGCUGCUCCUGACGGGAGGCGAGGCCGGCAAGAGAUACGCCUUGCCGCAUAGCUCCGUCAUGAUCCACCAGCCGUUGGGCGGAACGCAGGGCCAGGCGUCGGACAUUCUCAUCUACGCGAACCAGAUCCAGCGCAUCCGGAAGCAGAUUAACGAGAUUAUGAAGCGCCACAUCAACAAGUCGUUUGGGCACGACAAGUACAGCUUGGAGGAGAUCCACGACCUGAUGGAGCGCGAUAACUACCUAUCGGCGGAGGAGGCCAAGAGCAUGGGUGUCAUUGACGAGAUUUUGACGCGGAGGGAGGAGAAGGAUCUCAAGGAGAAGGAUUCGACUGAGGAGCAUAAGACGAAACCCUAAGUCUUUGAGGAUUGUGGUUAAUUGGGAUCCAGAAGUGUUGAUUUGUACCAUCAUGUCUACUCGGUCUCCGUAGUGAAGCGCCCUUAGUGUAAGGUAAGGUAAUGGAGCUGAGCUGCGAUUGUAGGAGAGGAUUAUGGAGGCAGCACGCGCGUUGCCGGGUAGCCGUGACCCACUUCCGGCGGGAUCGGUGUAGAAAAGCGGGGCUCGUCCGGGACCGGAAGCAUUCCGGGCUUAUCGGAAAUAAGCAUGAGGUAAUCGGAUGAGGUAAAGCUGGGAUCGAUGCCAUCACACCUUGAUGCUUCUCAGACCUUGGAAUACAUUCAUCAGC